AUGGCGCCGAUCCCAGUAUAUAGCUCUAGCCCUAUUAACGCUGCUAAACCUACGGGUGUGACUCCCAAGACGGCGGAUUCAAACAAAGACGGCCAAGCGCAGCUGGAGCCCUCCCAAAUUAGUGGCGAACAAGCGUUCUCGCCAGCUCAACCUGGAGCCAGGCCGAUGCUGCCCAAGGCGACUGGCGCGCCACAACCUGGUGGCCAUGUCCCGGCUACACCAACACGAACCAGCUCAGUAGGCAACAACCCCCCUCCACCGCAGCCUGGUGCUGUUCCUGUUCCUCCAGGCAGUAGCAGUGGAACGGGGAGCAAUAUCCCUCCUCCGCCAAGUGCUGGUGAAUCACUCCAGAAUCACCAGCCGCCACCAGUGACGACCAUGCCUCCACAGAUGGGAUAUCAACCGCCUCGAGCACCUCUCCCUGUCCAGGCACGAUCAUCGACCGCCUCGACAGUAGGACCACCGCCUCACUCCGGACCAGCCGGUGUCUCCCCACCUCUGCAGGGAAACUAUCCGACGGCAGGAAUCUCACUGCCGGCGGGAGGCUACCAGCAAGAUGUCAAUGCAGCAGGGUACAACAGCUAUCAAAGAGCAGAAAGAGCGUAUGAAGACGAAAGUGAGGCGAGCGUCUGGGACACGGCAAAGAAGUGGGCGGCGUCUGCAGGAGAGUCCCUGGCGGCCGCGGAGAGCGAAGUCUGGAAGAGAAUCAACAAGGACUAG